GCUCCCAGUCUGUUCAUCCAAUCAUAUCCCAACAUGCAAAUAAACUUUAGGCAGUGCAUAUAAAAAGGAACAAAUAAAGCCGAGUGCUGUAUCAGAAUCAAAUUGCUGAGCCUGUCACCUGUGUUCCAGGAACCGAACCAGAAAUGUCUUCAGCAAAACCAGCCAUACCUGCCCCACUGACUGAUUUGAAGAUUCAGUAUACUAAGAUCUUCAUAAACAAUGAAUGGAAUAAUUCAGUGAGUGGCAAGAAAUUUUCUGUCAUUAACCCAGCAACUGAAGAGAUAAUUUGUCAGGUAGAAGAAGGGGAUAAGGCAGAUGUUGACAAGGCAGUGAAGGCCGCAAGACAGGCCUUUCAGAUUGGCUCUCCAUGGCGUACUAUGGAUGCUUCAGAGAGGGGACGCCUCCUCUACAAGCUGGCUGACUUAAUUGAAAGAGAUCGACUGCUGCUGGCAACAAUGGAGGCGAUAAAUGCUGGAAAACUAUUUUCUAAUACAUAUCUGAUGGAUAUAGAAAUGUCUGUAAAAGGAUUACGCUACUUUGCAGGCUGGGCUGACAAGAUCCAGGGCCGCACCAUUCCUGUCGAUGGAGACUUUUUCACUUACACAAGACGCGAACCUAUUGGAGUAUGUGGCCAAAUCAUUCCUUGGAACUUCCCGUUGCUUAUUCUGGUGUGGAAGAUAGGGCCUGCCCUGAGCUGUGGAAACACAGUGGUUGUCAAACCAGCAGAGCAGACUCCCCUCACUGCUCUUCAUGUGGCAUCGUUAAUUAAAGAGGUAGGUUUUCCUCCUGGAGUGGUGAAUAUUGUCCCUGGCUAUGGGCCCACUGCAGGGGCAGCCAUCUCUUCACACACGGACAUUGACAAAGUGGCCUUCACAGGAUCAACAGAGGUUGGCAAAAUAAUCACAGAAGCUUCUGGGAAGAGCAAUCUGAAGAGGGUCACCCUGGAGCUGGGGGGGAAGAGCCCUUGCAUUGUGUUUCCUGAUGCUGACUGUGAGUAGAAUCCACCUUUGCUAGCCUGGCACCUUCAUCCUUUCUGGUGUCUGAUAACACCAUACAGUGAACUUGAAUUUCACAAACAGGUUUGCUUCAAAAUGUAAGGAAUUCAUCUGAGUCCAGAAUUAUUCUUGAAAAUUUUUAAAUGGUCCUAAAGUUAGAACACAUAGAUAAGUUAAUCACAGAUACUGUUUCUUCAUGGUUUGGAAUAGAUUGCUGUUUCCUCUGCUGAACCUUGAAUAAUAUAAAUGUAUUGCAUUUAG